CUAUUUUACCACAACUCCAUACUUAGCUAGCAUUUACAAAAACCAAACAAAGAAAGAGACACUAAGAACGCUCGUCCUUCUUGUUAUCACAAUCAAAUCAACAGCACCAUGAAACUCAGACUCAGAUCAUUAGAAUCCAAAGAAACCCUAAAAAUCGAAGUGCCAGAUCCAUGUUCUAUUAACCAACUCAAAUCCACUAUUUCUCAAACCAUCCCUUCUCCUUCAUCAUCUUCUUCUCUUCAUCUAUCUCUCAACAGAAAAGACGAAAUCAACGCCUCCUCUCUUAACGAUAACGAAUCCCUCAACUCACUCGGCAUCGCCUCCGGCGAUCUCAUCUUCUACACCUUCAACCCCAACGUUUUCUCCAUUGAAACCCUCCCUCAAAAACCCACCCCACAACAACAAACCAACAACCCACCCAUCAUUCAAAACUCCCCGGAAAUCACCAUGACUGACGCUCAUUCGACUCCCGUGAUAGAAAAGUUUCCAACUUUGGAAACCCCAGAACCGCAAAUCACAGAAAUGAUCGAUGGGUCUGAUGAGGCGGCGUUGGCCAUGAAGAACAGUCAAGAACCUGAUUUUGUGAAAAGGGUGAUUAGAGAAGCGCUUGGAGAUGAUGUUAACGAUUUCAAGCUACUGGUAUUUGCUGUUCAUGCUGUUAUUCUUGAAUCUGGGUUUGUUCGUGUUGAUCAAGUUUCGGGUAUGGCGAUUAGUUGCUCUCAUCUUGUUGAUGGAAUGUCCUCUUCUUCAAUGAUAUCUUUGAGGUAUACUCUUCCUGAGAUUCUUACUAAUGCUAAUGGUUUAUCUCAUUCUGUGAAUUUGAAAAUUCAGACAUUAGGGAAUUUUGUGAAUGUUUAUGGUUCUUUGUCUGAUGAUGUUGGUUCAAGGGUGCAUAGGGUUUAUUUAGAUAAAUGUAGAUUUGCUAGGCCUUUAGAGUUGAUGCUGUCAAAUUCUGAAUCUAAUGAUAGUGUUAGUGUUAAUGAUGAUGGAGAUGAGGUUUUUGAAUUGUGGAAGAUAGUGAAAGAUAGGCUUGUAUUGCCACUUUUAAUUGACCUUUGUGAUAAAGCUGGAUUGGAUCUUCCGCCGUGUUUUAUGCGGCUUCCCAUGGAACUUAAGCUAUUGAUAUUUGAGUAUCUUCCUGGUGAUGAUUUGGCCAAAGUGUGUUGCACAUGUUCUGAAUUGCAAUAUCUUGCCUCAAAUGAUGAGUUGUGGAAGAAGAAGUUUGAGGAGGAGUUUGGACAAGGGACGAAUGGUAUGAAGUUUUUUAAGAACUUGUUUGCUUUUUACCGGGCAACAAAGAAGAAAGCAGAGGAACCGCGUCCUUUUAGAGUUCCUCGAACUGGUAUCAUGAGAUACUUUCAAAGGAGGAGAGGUGCUAAUCGUUUUGGAAUGCCUCCAAUUUGGGGUGGAGAGUAUGAUCUGCAGCCAAAUUUUGGUGUAAAUUUCCCUGGAUACACACGAAGGCGGGCUUUCAUUCCCCCAUGUAAUCUGGGAGGAUUUUAAUGAAUGAUUCAAUGACUCGAAGAGCUGGGACUGAAUCCUUGUUAAUCUUUAUGUUGAAAAUACCUUGCUAGAGUGAAUGCAUGAUAAAUAACUGGUUGUGAAUAAUAAUUUAAUGAGUUUUAUAAAAUGUUAUUAGGUCUUGUUGGUUUAAAUUUUUGAAUAGAAUCCAAGUAUGUAUGAUGUUAGGAGGAAAUCAUUGUUUUUCAAUGUCCUUGAUUCCUCUCUUUCUCUAUCUGUUAAUGUUUAGGUAAAAACAAUUUAUGUUCAGCAUAAGCAUGUAGAUGAUAUAAUUUUUACCUAUAUUGCAAAUGGAACCACAUGUUUUUGCUGUUUA